UACAACAUGAGAGGACUGCCAUUUUUUGCGACUGCCGUUGUGGUGGUUUUGGUUGGAGGCGCCAGUGCAGCAUCCCUCCGCAGACUGACCGUUGUCAGUGCAACAUGCCAGGGAGCGUCCGGUCCAUUUCCGAAUCCGAACAGCUGCAGAAGCUUCCUGCAGUGCGAGCCGUCUGGCGUCGCAACUGUCAUCCCUUGCCCAGCAAACCUCGAGUUCAAUCCAAAGUUGAGGGUGUGUGACUUCCCAGAGAGAGCUGGUUGCUCCUCAUCAGUGUCUCCACCAGCUAACGACGACAGUGGAAAUGGUGGGGGAUCAGAUGAUAAUGGAGGCGCCUCACCAGCUCCACCAUCUGGCGACGCCCCCAAAUGUCCACCGUGGAAUCCGAAUGACGUCACCCAGCUGCCCAAUCAGAAUGACUGCACCAGCUUCUACAAGUGUGAUGAGAAUGGUGUUGCUUGGGUCAUUUCAUGCCCAGCCGGUCUCGAAUACAAUGCAGAGCUGAGAGUGUGUGAUUACCCAGAAAAUGCUGGUUGCUCAUCGUCUUCACCAAGCAAACCGUCUGAUGAUACACCUUCUGAGGGGGGUCAAGAUGACGCAAAUUCUGAUGGAGGUAAUGAGGUAAGCCCGAAUCCACCAGCUGGAGAUGCUCCUACUUGUCCAGCAUGGAAUCCAAAUGAUGUGACACAGCUGCCCAAUCCUAAUGACUGCAGUAGCUUCUACAAAUGCGACGAGAAUGGCGUUGCUUGGCUCAUACCAUGCCCAGCUGGACUCGAGUACAAUGCAAAGCUAAGAGUGUGCGAUUACCCAGAGAGUGCUGGUUGCUCAUCGUCAGGCUCUCCAAGUCACCCAUCGGGUGAUGAUUCCUCUGAUGACAAUCAGAACAACGGUAACGCUGACUCAGGUAACGGUGAUGACGCAAGCCCUCAGCAACCAGCUGAAAAUGCCCCCACAUGUCCGGCUUGGAAUCCAGAUGACGUCACCCAACUGCCUAACCCCAGUGACUGUAACAGCUUCUACAAGUGCGACGAGAACGGAGUUGCCUGGUUGAUCCCGUGUCCAGCGGGCCUGCAGUACAACGCUGAGCUGAGGGUGUGUGAUUAUCCUGAGAGUUCUGGGUGCUCUGUGUUACAGCUACGCUGAAGAAGAUAUUUUUUUUAUUCACUCUCAAAGAUCAUUACAAAUGCUGUCAUCACGUUAUCUGUGUAAUCCACCUGUAACAGAUAUACUCUCUAUGUAAUGUGAUCAGUACUCAUGUGACUAAUAUUUAGUCUCAUAUUAAAUAUAGUUAUAUUGUUGCAUAA